AUGAUCGUGAUCGCGGACCGGAAAGCUUGUUACGAGUUAUUGGAUAAGAAGGGAAGCAUAUUUUCGAACCGUCCUCACCUUGCUGUACCGCUAUUCAUGAGCCGCGGGUGCCACAUGACCUUCGAACAAGCGACCACGCAAUGGCGAGAGAAGCGUUCGGUGUUGACGAGAAAUCUUAACCCUAAAAGCCUGGAUGAGAAACAUUUCCGAGUUCAAGAGGCCGAAUCCGUUGUGUUUCUGAACCGGGUCCUUGAGCACCCUGAUCAAAUUUAUGACUACGCUCGUCUCUAUGCAUCCUCCGUGGCGGCGAUUCUGGCCUGGGGUUUCCGGGCCAAGGACUUUGAAUCGUUCUUUUACAAAGAUUUCUACAACUUUGUGGAUCAGUGGCUCGAAGCCAUUGAACCCGGUGCCAACCCUCCGGUCGACCAAGUCCCAUGGAUGUGGUAUCUCCCUGGUAAAUGGAAGAAGCGAGCUUAUCAUGUCCGCAGCCUUAUGGAUAGUACUUGGUCGGCAGCCCGGGCAAUGGUUGAGAAACGGAGGGCCGAUGGAGACAUUCGUGACUCGAUCAUAGACAUGAAGUUAGCAGAGUAUGAGAAGAGCGGGUGGCCAAUGUCUCAAUAUGCCUUCAAUAACUUAUUUGGCGAAUUCCUUGAAGCCGGGGCCGACACUACUGCUAACAUGCUGUUAACUAUCAUUCUCGCAAUCACGAAAUAUCCAGAGGUGCAGGAAAAGGCACGAGAGGAAUUAGAUCAAGUUUGUGGACAGGAUAGGACGCCGCUAUUCUCAGACUUCGAGCGCCUUCCAUAUAUUAAUUGUAUAAUCAAGGAAGCAUUAAGAUGGCGACCAACGUCCGAUCUUGGAAUCCCCCACAGAGUAACGAAAGACGAUUGGUACGAUGGAAUGCUCUUCCCAAAGGACAGCACUAUUUGGCUUGCCGCAUAUGCGAUCCAUCAGAACGAGGAAGUAUAUCCUGAUCCAAAUCAUUUCAAUCCCGAUCGUUUCCUGAGUCACAAGAAGUUGGCGAACGAUUAUGCGAAAUGA